CCGGGUUUGCCUCCCUGCCUGCCAGCAGCGCUGUUUUCACACAAGAUCGCAUUGCCAACCCCUCCCUUUUCACGGCAGAGAUAAAAACUACCGGAGUGGCCGCGGUCUCCGUUACAGCUCCUGUCCGGCGAAUGAAGCCGCACCGCCGCCCAGCCCCUCCACCGCAGGCGCUGCUGAGAGCGACCCGCGCCUUGGAGCAGCUUUUACUAAUAUUUUGGAAGAAUGUGAGAAGUACACCCCUCUGCUAAAAGUUAUUUUAAUGGAAACAAAGGCUACAAGUCCAGCACCAUGGGGUACGGGCAAAUCCUCCAUCGGCGUGGGCAUGAGGCGGACCAGGUCCACCUCAACGUGGGAGGCGUACGACACGAGGUGCAUCCGGACACGCUGCUCCGCUUCCCUCACACGCGGCUGGCUCGUCUGCUGUGCUGCCAAAGCGAGGCGGCGAUCCUGGAGCUGUGCGACGACUACAGCCCGGCUGAAAAGGAGUACUACUUCGACAGGAACCCCCGGGUCUUCCUGUGUGUGCUCAACUUCUACCGCACGGGACGCAUCCACAUGAUGGAGGAGGUGUGCGUCUUCUCCUUCAGCCAGGAGAUUGAGUACUGGGGCAUUCAGGAGCUCCACCUGAGCUCCUGCUGCAGCAACUGGUUCCAGGAGAGGAAGGAGUACAUCGAGGACAGAGACUGGGACGUCCGGAGCGACGACCAGCAGCAGCCCAGCUUUGACUCUUCGUUUGAGGAGCUGUCUGCCCUCGAUAAAGACCUGGCCAAGUUCAAAGGCGCCUGGUGUGCAGAGGUACGGAGCUAUGUGUGGCUCCGGCUGGAGGACCCGGGUCACUCACGAGCUUCAAAGGUCAUCGCCGUGGCUUCUCUCGGUGUGGUGCUGACCUCUAUCGUUGCCAUGUGCGUCCACAGCAUGCCUGAGUUUCAGAAAGUGGAUGACAACGACAGGCCCAUUGAGGACCCUGUCCUAGCCAUCCUGGAGGUGGGCUGCAUCGCCUGCUUCUCAGCUGAGUUCAUUAUCAGGCUAAUUGUCGCCCCAUCUCCCAGGAAGUUCCUGGGGAACCCCUUAAACAUCAUCGACGUUGCGUCCAUCUUGCCAUUUUACGCCACACUAGCUUUUGAGACAGAUGACGAGAACGCUGAGGAGAACGAGGACUUAGAGAACGUGGGGAAAGUGGUGCAGGUUCUACGUCUGAUGAGGGUUUUCCGUAUCCUAAAACUGGCUCGUCACUCCAUCGGGCUGCGAGCGCUGGGUGCCACAGUCCGCCACAGCUACCACGAGGUGGGUCUGCUUCUUCUCUUCCUCUCUGUGGGAAUUUCCAUAUUUUCUGCCCUCAUCUACUUUGCCGAGAAGGAGGAGCAGGAAACGAAGUUGGGGACCAUCCCCAUAGGCUGGUGGUGGGCCACCAUCACCAUGACUACAGUUGGCUACGGUGACACCUGCCCAGUGACGCUGGCAGGGAAAAUAGUGGCCACCAUGUGUAUUGUCUGUGGGCUGCUGGUAGUGGCCCUGCCCAUCACUAUCAUAUUCAAUAAGUUUUCUAAGUACUAUCAAAGAAACAAAGCCAUAGAGGGCCGGUGUCUGAGCGAGGCUGAAAGACAAGACCCAAACCUCCCGUACUACAACAUUAGAGACUUGUACACACACAGCGUAUACCCUUUCAUGGGAGGUAUCGCCUUCAGGAACAGUGUGAGCAGCGGAGGCGACGAAACAGAUGCCUCCAGUCUCCAGGACAUAGAGGAAGUGUACGAUAAUGACACUUGUGAAAAUAGGGCAGCACAAUGAGAUCACUGCCAUCUCACUGGGUGUCGCUCCGUUACGAGCACAGGCCACCGCAAACCGUUAAGUGUCUGUCAGAGCAGAGCUCUCCAUCACUGACCCUGCCUCCUGCAUUGUCUUCUCCCCACAAUUUGACAGAGAAAAAUAGGGGUCGUGGGUUUUUUUUCUACAAGAGGAUAGCUUAUGAAAUAUAUCACUAAAACCACGAGAUCCAACGGGAAUUAUUUGAACCUUGCUCAGAGAUUUGAAAGCCCAUUUUCUGCUUGAGAAAACUGCAAUGAUGCAUGUAGGGGGCCAUAAUGUUAAUGUUUUUCAAGGUAAUGUUCUGUAUUGAUUUGUCUGCACGCUGAAAGUUCAGACUGGGAGUUCAGCAAAUACUAAAGUGUAGAGUUACAACAUAGUGUAUGAUACAUACAAGGGUUAAUUUAGGUGUCUAAAUUGACUGAUGUUAUGUACUCUGCAUGAACAAAAAAUGCUUUUUUGAAAAGAGUAAUCCCAUUAAGUUGUGUCGAAUGUGUAAUUGUAUUGAUGCUGUGGAAGAGAGGAAAAAUCCCUGUUGGGCCACACAUCUCUGUGUAAAGCACCGAUCUUCCCGGCUACACUUAAAAUAUUGUUUGGGACAGUCAUGUUGGCAUGCUGGCUGACUCUCUGAGGUGAGUCAUGUGGACACGAAAUAAAAUCUGACUCAAUGAAUCAGAAGA